AAUAUUUAAAUUUUUUUACAUCUAUUGGGUUACAUUUUAUCACUUGCAUUCUACUCGUAUAUGUAAUGUGUGUUCAUAAAUAAGCUUUUCUAAUGGAUUCCGACCUGAUCUCGAGUCCUGACCUCGAUCGGCUCGAAAGUAUAAAGUGGGAAGGGAAUAAGCUAUUCUCGGAAUCUGACUAUAAAAAGGCCUCAGAAGUGUACUAUAAAAUAUUAAUUGACUGUUUUUCGUUGAAAACAAACGAAAUCAAUGUAGAAGAACUAGAGAAUGCAGUUGAAAAGCAAAAAAAUAAAAUCCAGGGUCCUGACAUCAGAAAAUUCCUCUCAAAAAUCUUAUGUAACUUGGGAAUAUGUCAUAACUACAUGGAGAAAAAACAGGAUUCUGUAAGAUUUUUCAAAAUUUCCCUGAUCUUUGAUGAUCAAAACUAUAAAUCUAACUAUCAUGUGGCUAACUAUCACAUUACACACAAUGACUAUAACACUGCCUUGGUAUACAUUCAAAAUUGCCAAAAAAUAGUUAACAGUAACUCAAAACAUUACAAGAACACACGUCAGCCGCAUUUGGAUCUUCUAGAUCAAAUCAAGCAAUCGUUGAUAAAAACUGAUCUCUCCCGCAAUAACGUAAAUGACCCGAUUCACCUAGUUGAUGACAUCUGCUCAGGUAAUAACAUUAACUUGAACAUUCAAAGACUUCAACUAGUACCCUGUAGGAGGUUGUUUUUGUCAGAAUCAGUGAAAUCUCUAGUUAAUUUUUGUAAAAAUAGACUUAGCUGUGACAAUGUUGACGAACACCUUUGUUCAGUCUGGUCCUGCCUGUACCAUAUUUUGUAUAAAUGUGAUGAGGAAAAGGUUUUUGAGCUUAGAGAACAGUUUUUAUAUCAAUUUGACACUGAUGAAGAUUCUUUGACUUCAUAUGUAGUGAAACUCAUGAAGCUUAACUCUCAAAACCCUCAUAAUAACUCUCUAUAUGCCUCAGUUCUCUCAAAUGUUGUUAAGUGUUGUCCACUUGUUAAGGGAGUAGAUUCACUUGGAGUGUUUGUAAUCCUUCUGGAGAAGGAGUUUGUUGAUUUAGAGCUUCUAAUAAGUUCAGUUCUGUUAUAUUUUUCAAAGCAAUCUAAAUUAAAGAGUGAAGUUAAACACCGGAGUUCUAAGUUUAAUUCACUGUUGCUAAAGUUACUUGAAAACCUCUACUCCUUGUGUGAUGAUGAAUCAUUUGAUGAUCAACACCACAUUAAGUCUUGUUUGAUGGCAGUUUUCACAAUGAAGUUUGAACCAUACGAAGUAUCAAUGGACACUUUUUCUAAUAUGAUUUCUAUGGCACUUGAACCUUACAUACAUAAUAAAUUUUCAGAUAAUGGUAAACAAUCUGUAACUUUUAGCGUAAACUGGUAUAUAGUCUUGAGCUGUCUUUUUCUGUCAAAUAAGACCCUGUUCAAAAGUUAUCUCGUUUCAACUAGGCUCCUUGAGCAUGUUGUUACCUUAUAUUUUAAUGAGAGCUGUCAGAAAAUUAGGAAAUUGUCGUUUGAGCUUUUAAUAAACUGCUGUGACACGGUGGAAUUCAGACAAGAAAUUCUAGACCAUGUGGAGGAUUGCCAGACAUUUAUUGAACUUUUAAACUCUCCAGAAUUUGUAAAUUACACAAAUAAUGUAAAUAGUGAAACUAAUUCGGAUUUAAAUAGUGAUAAAAAAUUGGAAGCAGUGUUAGAUAAAAGGAAACUCGAAGGUUUGGAUUGGUUUAUGCAAACAAGAGUUUUGAUGUUUUGUAAACUUAGUUUACACUCGUAUCAAGUUAAAGAUGAAGUUUUAAGUUCGUUUAACAUUUUUAGGCUCUUGUCAAAAUUCGUAUUAUACAACAUUAAACAUAACCUUGAUCUUGAGAUAUUAUUACACAGUACCUCAUUUGCAAGCUUACACGAGGAGUUUAAGAAAACAGACCUGUCAUUUCUGCCAAUGGUUUUUGAACAUUUAAAGAACUCAGAGCACCUGUUACACUAUUUUCUACAAACAGUAUGUAAUUUGUUAAGAGGAAAUAAGGAUAGAACUUGUUUUACAGAGGAUCUUGAGUUAUUAAAAUAUGACAAGGAACAGCUAAACCAGCUUAAAACACUACAAGAAAAACUGCCAGAAGAAGCAAAGGUCACAGUGAACGGUAAUUAUUUUGAAGGCAAUGACGAGUCAGCGAAUAUGGCAAGAAGUGUUGUAUUCACUAUUUCAAAUUCACUAAUUCCUAAAUAUCUUUGUACGAUGUUCAAUAAAAUAACUUCUGAAGCAUCAAAAGCUCUAAUUGUAGAAUCACUACAUUAUUUAGCCUUAAAUGUGAAUCAUAGAAGGCAUUUGCAGAGUUUAGGAGCUAUGAGGAUUUUAAUAAACGUGGCAAACUCCACUAAAUAUCAACAGAACCAGGGAAGUCAGGCUGCAAACUUCAGAAGUAUGAACCGUUACAAGCUCAUCGUCCAGUCUAUUGCUCAUUUAGUAAUUGCAACGGAUCCUGCGAAUCUCAGCUUUAAUGACGCACAUGACUCAAUUCAGCCACUAAUGAAUCUUCUAGAUGAUGAAAAUGAACUAUUCCAGUUCGAGUCAUGUCUAGCCCUGACGAACCUGCUUUCAAUAAAUGAUGAUAUUAGGAAAAGAGUCUUCGCUUUGAAUGGAUGGGACAAGUUCACAAACCUGCUGUUUUCAGAGAACGAAAUGUUGAAAACUGCAGGUCUUGAGGGCUGGUGUAAUCUUUGUGCAGGAGACGAUGUCGUCCAUGGGCAUUUUUACAUGAAAAUCAAGACUCAAAUAGAAAACACGCCAGCUGACAAGGUUUAUGACGUUAAUGUCCAUGAUAUUAACAUUAUGCUUCUUUUUAUUUCACCUGGUAUUUCAUUAAAAGCACUUUCAGCGGCCUCAGGGGCGCUUGCACUACUUGUCAGAGAUGGUAGGAUUGCACAGUAUAUGCCCUUUGUUUCAAGGUUUGAAAACGUUUUAAAGACGCUUGAUUCAACUGAGGACCCUUCAAUAAUUCAUAGGAUUUUGACUGUCCUUUCCUGUGUCGUUCAAUCCAGGCCCAAGAAUCUGAGUGACCAUAACGAGAAGCAUUUGAAUGCAUUCAUUGAUAAAAUCGUUAGUUCUGUAAAGCGUAAUUCACACAAAUAUAAUAAUAAAACGCUUCUUGACCUGUUUCAUGAAAUUUGUUAGUAAUCUAUCAUACUGAUUUA